CAUGCUCACACACCAAAGACAUAAAUUUCUAUUGAAUCCGUCUGAAUCGCAGAGACGGAAUGGUAGAUGCUGCCGGUAACAAAGUGGUUGUGUGCGACAAUGGCACAGGAUUUGUGAAGUGUGGCUAUGCCGGAGCCAACUUUCCAUCUCACAUUUUUCCUUCUCUUGUUGGUCGACCGAUUAUUCGUUCUACUGUGAAAGUAGGCGAUAUUGAAGUGAAGGAUCUGAUGGUUGGCGAUGAAGCUAGUCAGUUGAGGUCAAUGCUUGAGGUGAAUUAUCCGAUGGAGAAUGGAAUAGUUCGUAACUGGGAUGACAUGUUGCACGUGUGGGACUACACAUUCAAAGAAAAACUGAAAGUAGACCCAAAAGAUUGCAAAGUCUUGUUGACAGAGCCUCCCAUGAAUCCUAAAAAGAACAGAGAGAAAAUGAUUGAGACCAUGUUUGAGAAAUAUGAUGUUGCUGGUUGUUACAUCGCAGUUCAAGCUGUUCUUACACUUUAUGCUCAAGGCUUGUUGACUGGUGUUGUGAUUGACUCUGGAGAUGGUGUGACACACAUCUGUCCAGUCUAUGAAGGAUUUGCUCUUCCACAUCUGACAAGACGACUGGACAUAGCAGGUCGAGACGUCACAAGAUAUCUCAUCAAGUUGAUGUUGCUGCGAGGAUACGCAUUUAAUCACUCAGCUGACUUUGAGACUGUCAGAAUGAUGAAAGAGAAACUUUGCUAUGUCGGGUACAACAUUGACCUUGAACAGAAAUUAGCUAAUGAGACGACAGUGCUUGUUGAGACAUACACGCUUCCCGAUGGUCGAGUUGUCAAAGUGGGUGGCGAACGGUUUGCAGCUCCGGAGGCUCUAUUUGAGCCACAUUUGAUUGAUGUGGACAGUGUGGGCGUGGCAGAACUUCUCUUUAAUACUAUCCAAGCUGCCGACAUCGACACGAGGGCUGACUUUUAUAAACACAUUGUGUUGUCUGGUGGCUCAACUAUGUACCCUGGACUACCAAGUCGUUUGGAGAGAGAAAUCAAGCAGUUGUAUCUUGAAAGAGUGCUGAAAGGCGACACAAGCAAACUAUCUAAAUUCAAGAUUCGCAUUGAAGACCCACCUCGUCGGAAGCACAUGGUGUUCCUUGGAGGUGCCGUGCUAGCAGACAUCAUGAAAGACAAAGCGUCAUUCUGGAUGUCUCGUCAAGAAUACAAAGAACGUGGCCUGAACGUACUGGAGAAAUUGGGAGUGAAGGUUGGCUGAUGUGUAUUUAGAGAAUGUGCAUGUGCACUAAUAAUGAUGAUGAUGAAUUGACAUUUUUGAGUGUUUACUGUUUCGAUGAGCGGAUUUCGACUUGUUUGUUUGUUAUCAACAGUGAAUCUACUUAGUAUAGUUUGUAGAGUGUCUAAUAUUGCAAUAUGCAGGUCUGUGUGACUUGAUUGUAACACACUUGCAUAUGUACUCAACAA